GCUGUGCAAUGUAAUGCAUAAAGUCGUGCAGAGACAGGUCAGGAGCUUCAGUUAAUGUUCACAUCAAACAUCAGAGUGGAGAAACAGGUGAUGUCAGUGACUUUGACCGUGACAGGAUACAUGUUCUCAGUACCAAUCGAUCAUGCUUUGAAUGCCACAGACUAUCUGAGUGUUGUUGCUGACCAUGUGCUUCCCUCCAUGGCCACAGUUUCCCCAUUUUCUAAUGGCUACGUCCAGCAUGAUAAUGCACCAUGUCACAAAGCAGGAGUCCUCUCAAACUGGUUUCAUGAACAUGACAGUGAGUUCAGAUCUCAAUCCAGUAGAACACCUUUGGGUGAUGUGGUAGAACAGGAGCUUGGCAGCAUGAAUGUGCAGCGGACGAAUCUCCGGAAGUGCUGUGAUGCAGUCAUGUCGACAUGGACCAGAAUCUCAAAGGAAUGUUUCCAACAUCGUGUAGAAUCCAGGCCAUGAAGAGUUGAGGCUGUUUUGAGAGCAAAGCGAGGUUGUACCCAGUGUUAGAGUGGUGUUACUUAUAAAGUUCUUGCAUGUCAUUGUUGUCCAUCCAUCAGUGACUUCAGACGGGCAGGUGGUCCUCCAGAGUCACGUGGCCACGCUGAGCAUCCUUCGCAGAUCCAGCAGGCUGCGUGGCGUGUCUUCACUAGGUUACAGUGGGAGCCAGCGUGACUGCUGCCGCGCGUAGUCGCAGCACCUCUUGCCUCGAGUCUUUCUGCCGCUGGACAGCUUUCGGAAAUCGCAGGUUAUGCCACCCCAAAGGCUUCCUGGAUCCCCAGCCGUGAAAGAGAAGGGCUGAGCUCCAUUUUUCCCAAGGGUCCUGCUGCUUCGUACCCCUUCUUUCCCUUCUUCCCUCUGAUUAUUCCCCUCUCCCAACCUCACUAGACCCACUCGAACUCCCACAGCCCCACCUGACCCCUGCCACCCCUGACAUCCUCCACCCCAAGGACUUUUUGUCCAGUCACAUCACCUCCCCAACAUCAACACCAUACUUAGUCUCCCCUCCUACUUUUAUUUUAGCUACACACUAAGACUUACCCGCAGUCUCCUGCCCUCUUCAGAGAUCUGUUCUUUACCUACUGGCUGCGCGCCAGGCCCCAUGGCUACAGGAGGUCAUGCCCCUGAGAUAGAUGUGUUGAUCAACGUACAACAGGUGAAGGUGGAGGAGGAAGAUGAGGAAGAAUCUGUGGAGGAACAAGAGGAAGAUGAGGAGGAGGAGAAUUGGGAGAAAUCGCUGUCUGUGGAGCGCUUUGGAGACAUUAUCAGUGACUCUGCUUCUACCAGUAGAGACAGGAUGGGCCGACACUACACUGAGAAAGACUUUGAGUAUCACAGACACACAUUUCACCAUACGCACCACCCCUUGUCCACCCACCUGCCCCUGCCCCAGCGUUUACGUAAGAGGGUGCACAGCACGGAGAGAAGGCGCAAAAAGAAACGGAAGAAAAAAAAGACCUCUCUUCCCCCCUCCGAUGUUACACCCACCAUCCAUGAGGUAGAUGAGGAAGAGGUGGAGUCUGAGACAGAUGGACCGGGGGUGGCUGCCACUCCCACAGAGCUACCUGAUAUCCAACCACAGUUUAGUUUGGGGAGCCAAGAGGACUUGGAGGAACCCCUUCCGCUCACUACCUUCCACACGGAAAACGAAGAACAUCCGUUGUCGAGGAGAGCUGCACUCACUCUGAUAAAGGGGGCAGCUCAUAAGGGGGGAAUUGUUGUUCUUUGCCAGAAUUUGGAGGUGGAUGAGGAGGAAGCGGAUUGCCAAAGUGUGCCCCCAGGAUCAGAUCCCUCAAGUUCAACCACAAGCCGCGGCUGGUUCUGCAGGAAGCCCGUCCACCAUCGCCUGACAGGUGCCCAGCGGAGCAACUAUGACCUGCGGGAGCGGAUCUGCAUUGGCAGUAUGACCGCCCUGGAGACUGCCGUCUACCAGCAGGUGCCCACUGAUGAGGCUGAGGCCCAGAUGUUGGUCAGCGCUGAUCUGGAUGACAUGAAAAGUCACAGAUUUGAGGACAAUCCCGGGGUGAGACGCCACCUGGUGAAGAAGUCGUCCCGAUGUCAGGUGACCCGGACCAGCAACAGUUCCACACCACUAUCCAGCCUGAAGAAGAAGAAGAGAGCUGCAGAAAAGAAAACUCAUGAGUCUAAAAAAAGAAAGAAAAAAGGGAAAGCAAGCGCCAUUGAAAAAACUGAGAGAGCCAUGGGGGAUGUUUCCAAUACUCAGCAGUUGUUUGUGGAGCUGAACGAGCUGAUUGUGGAGAAGGAUCAUGAAAUGCGUUGGAAGGAGAGGGCCCGCUGGAUCAAGUUUGAAGAGGAUGUGGAGGAGGAGACGGACCGCUGGGGCAAACCUCAUGUGGCCUCACUCUCCUUCCGCAGCUUGCUGGAGCUUCGUCGCACCAUCACACAUGGUGCCAUCCUUCUGGACCUCGAGCAGAACUCUCUGCCUGGCAUCGCUCACCUGGUGGUGGAGACGAUGAUCAUCUCUGAUCAGAUCAGAGCAGAGGACAGAUCCAGCGUUCUACGGGCUCUGCUUCUCAAACACAGCCAUCCGAGUGAUUUCAAACAUCGUUUUCACCGCCACCACUCAACCAGCAGUCUUCAUGGCAGCUUCAAUCACAACCACGUCCAUGACACCAGUCUGCCACUAGUGGCUGAAGAGCACGAUGAACACCAGGACAACAAAGGGCCGGUAUACGACCCCAAACAAGACGUGUUUGUCAGCCUGUUUAAAUCUCUCCACCCUCUGCCUCCUGAGAGCCAUCCAGCCGCAGCCAGAUCGAUGAAACUGCUCGCCAAGAUUCCCAAAGAUGCUGAAGCAGUGAUCGUUUUAGUAGGAUGUGUUGAGUUUCUGGAGCAGCCAGCCAUGGCCUUUGUUCGGCUGAACGAGGCUGCGCUUCUGGAGUCGGUGCUGGAGGUCCCCGUCCCUGUUCGCUUUAUUUUCGUCUUGCUUGGUCCCAGUCAGACCAACAUGGACUAUCAUGAAAUUGGACGUUCCUUCUCCACUCUCAUGUCUGAUAAGAACUUCCAUGAGGUGGCCUACUUUGCUGACGACAGACAGGACCUGCUGAAUGGCAUCAAUGAGUUCUUGGACUACAGCAUCGUCAUUCCACCCUCAGACGUGGAGGGCAAAGACCUCCUGAAAACAGUGGCUGACUUCCAGAAGCAGAUGCUGCGCAAGAGGAAGGAAAGAGAACUCAAAAAGCACCACUCCUCAGUUGGAAUGUUGCAGGACAACAAAGACAUGAGUCCAGAGGAGGAGGAGGAGGGAGACCAGGAGGUGGACCCGUUAAAGCGUUCAGGGAUCCCAUUCGGAGGCCUGAUCCAUGACAUCCGACGCCGCUACCCACAAUAUGUCAGUGACUUAAAAGAUUCCCUGGACAUGCAGUGCAUUGCCGCUGUCAUCUUCAUCUACUUUGCGGCACUGUCGCCUACUAUAACCUUCGGAGGCCUGCUGGGAGAGAAAACAGAGGGCAUGAUGGGAGUGACUGAGCUCAUUGUUUCGACUGCAACUCUUGGAGUUAUAUUCUCGCUGCUUGCUGGUCAGCCCCUUCUCAUCAUUGGCUUCUCAGGUCCCUUACUGGUGUUUGAAGAAGCCUUCUACAAGUUCUGUCAGGCUCACAACUUUGAGUACCUGACUGGUCGAGUGUGGAUCGGUUUCUGGCUCAUCUUCAUCGUCCUGGUGAUUGUGGCAGCAGAGGGCAGCUUCCUUGUCCGUUACAUCUCACCCUUUACCCAGGAGAUUUUUGCUUUCCUCAUUUCCCUCAUCUUCAUCUAUGAGACUUUCUCCAAGCUCAUCAAAGUGUUUAAGGAACAUCCACUGAUGGCAAUGUACCCCAGUGACUCCUUCCCAGCUACCGAGGUUCAAGAUGUUGAAAACCCUAUCUUCAACCAGCCCAACACUGCUCUUCUUUCUCUGGUUCUUAUGAUGGGCACUUUCUUUGUUGCUUUCUUCCUCAGGAAGUUCCGAAACAGUCGAUUUUUAGGAGGCAAGGCCAGAAGAAUCAUCGGGGAUUUUGGCAUCCCUAUCUCAAUUUUGGUUUCGGUAUUAGUGGAUUACUCCAUUACUGACACUUACACACAGAAACUCGACGUGCCAUCGGGCUUUUCAGUCACAUCCCCUGACAAGAGAGGUUGGUUCAUCAGUCCCUUUGGUGAUAAGCAGCCCUUUCCAACCUGGAUGAUGGGAGCAAGUAUCAUACCUGCCCUUCUUGUCUUCAUCCUCAUCUUUAUGGAAACUCAGAUCACUUCAUUGAUAGUCAGUAAGAAGGAGCGUCGCCUGAUUAAAGGCUCAGGUUUCCACCUGGAUCUGCUGCUCAUCGUCAUCCUGGGUGCCAUCUGUCCCCUUUUCGGCCUGCCGUGGCUCACGGCAGCCACUGUGCGCUCUGUCACUCAUGUCAAUGCACUCACGGUCAUGAGCAAGGCCACGGCGCCUGGUGAAAAGCCCAUGAUCCAGGAGGUGAAAGAGCAGAGGCUGACCGGACUUCUUGUGGCUGUGCUUGUUGGUAUGUCCAUAGUGAUGACAGAUGUGCUCCGCCUUAUCCCUCUGGCUGUGCUCUUUGGUAUCUUCCUGUACAUGGGGGUGACCUCUCUGACGGGCAUCCAGCUGUAUGAACGCAUCACUCUUAUGGUCACGCCUGCCAAGCAUCACCCUGACCACAUCUACGUCACCAAGGUGAAGACAUGGCGGAUGAACAUGUUCACCGUCAUCCAGCUGGCGUGCAUCGUGGCUCUGUGGGUAGUGAAGUCUACUGAGGCCUCCCUGGCGUUCCCCUUUGUCCUCAUCAUGACGGUGCCGCUGCGCCGUCUCAUCCUCUCCAGGAUCUUUGAGGAGCGUGAGCUCCAGGCGCUGGACUGUGAUGAAGAUUCUCCCAACUUUGAUGAAGAUGGACGAGAUGAGUACAAUGAGAUCCACAUGCUUGUAUAAAUUGAAAUUAAACCCAGCGAACAUCCUCUAACUCUGAACAAUCAGAACAAGCCUCUUUGGAAACCUCAGCUGUGACAAGGCAAGAGGAGCAACUGUAAUGGUGUUAGUAAAUAUACAAAAAGCUGUAGCUGGAUAAUUACUUCUUAGCUUUGUUUAUUCCAUUUUUUUUUAAAAGAGCACACCUAAUGUUAGAUCUCUGUGGUGGUAGUGGUGUUGUGUUAACCUCCCUGAAGAAGUUCUGUCAGAGGCCAGUGAAUAGCUACCUGAAGUGGAAGAUACAAAUCUAAUAAACACCUAACUUACUUCAACACUAAUCCAACUUUUUAUCCUAUCUACCCCUUUAAUUACUCUGCAGGCUCUGGGCAUAGGUGCAAUGAUGAUGGUGACCUCUUGGCGUUCAGCAUGCUGCCUGAUUUAGGCUAAUUUUGGCACUGAGAGUGGGAAAAUGUGGUCAAUUUCCUUCCAUUCCACUUUAUUCAGGAAGUGGACUUUCAUCAUCGAAAUGUAUUAUUGUUCAGGUAAAUUGACCCUAAAUCUCAAACCCCUGAAAGACUCCCACUGCCUGAUUAGUUUAGCUGCCUUCUGCCUUUAUACUACUGACACUGCCUAUAGGUUGCCAUGAUGUGCAAACAAGGAGUUAAGUAGUCCUCUUCCUUUCUGUCCAGACUUUUAGUAAUGAGCACUUUGAAUGGGCGAAAGUUCACUUUUGUCACUGCCAACUGAGCUCCCUGGCACAAAGCCUCCUCUCUAAAUGUAGUCUCUCCCUGAAACCAAAAUCUCUACAGAGACUGUGCAAGCCUCUUCAAGGAGUGUCGCUGUACUUUUUUAGGUGUUUAAUGCCCAACAUACCAGUCCACUGACCUUAUUAUUGAGACCUUGGAUGUAUAACUAAACAGCUAACAUGGUCUCAACCUUAUUUUUCUACUUUGCUCUGUCUAUUUAUUUUGUAUCCUUUGGACUUAAUGCCACA